UGGCUGCUCACUGUUCAACGACGGUAUUUUUAUUUACGUUUCGUUUGUUUUCUGCUUUACGACAAACAGAAGAAGAAAUGGCUUAUUUUGGUAGGGAUGCUGUGUAAAAGUUCAAUAAUAAAAACUGUUAGAGUUUCAUUAAGGCGACGUUGUUUUCCCAGUCGUUGUGACACAGUUCCCGACUGUGUGAUUUUUUUUUUCUUUUCAAUUUUCGCUGAGCUGUCAGCUGCUCGUUGGUGUCGGUGCUUUGCUAGCGUGCUGAGCUACCCAAACGACUGCAAAUUUCAUCCGGUACUAGUCGCAAUGUUUAGUCCCGUAAAGUCUUCUUACUUCAGAGUCAGUCCGGCCAUUGUCAACAGAGAACUCGGCAAAACCAAGAUGAGAUAGCAAGAGGGCACGUCGGAGUGCUAACACACGCUUUACUGCAAGGCUGAACCCCAGCAUAAGCGAGACACAACGGAAUAAUAACCACACAAACCCCCUAACGCAGCAUGUUUGGGAAUCUAUUUGAGGAGGAGGAAGAGGAUGGCUUCUCUUCGACUUCCUCCAAGGGAAGAGUUUCAAAGAUGGGAGAUGAGCCACCUCCACGUCGAGGAAGAAGCAAUCUGUGCGGCAUCAAAAACCAGGGAGGGACCUGCUAUCUGAACUCUCUGCUCCAGACCCUGCUCUUCACCCCCGAGUUCAGAGAGGAGCUGUUCAGUUUGGUGCCAGACGAAUUAGGAUCCCUGGAAGACAAAGACAAACCAGAGGCUAAAGUCAGAGUGAUCCCAUUGGAGCUUCAGAGGCUCUUUGCCCAUCUGUUGCUAGUGGACCAGCAGAGUGCGUCCACUGCUGGCCUUACUGACAGCUUUGGCUGGAACAGCAGUGAGGGAACAAAUCAGCAUGAUGUGCAGGAGCUGAACAGGAUUUUGUUCAGUGCAUUGGAGCACUCUCUUGUGGGCACCAGUGGCAGUACAUUUAUUCACCGUCUCUACCAUGGAACCAUUGUCAACAGUAUCGUCUGCAAGGAGUGUGGAAAUGUCAGCCAGAGACAGGAGGACUUCCUGGACCUGACAGUGUGUGUUUGUGGUCUGCCUAGUCUGGAAGACGCUUUGUGGAACAUGUUUGUGGCAGAAGAGCUGUUUGAGGGCAAUAACCUAUACCGCUGUGCACAGUGUGACAGACUGGUCACUGCUGCCAAGUCUGCUAAACUAAGGAAACUCCCUCCAUUCAUGACUAUGUCUUUACUGAGAUUCAGCUUUGACUUUGCUAAAUGCGAGCGAUACAAGGAAACAGGACGUUACAGCUUCCCCCUCACCAUCAACCUACGACCCUUUUGUGAACAGGCUGAUGGAGAUGACUCUGAUUACUCCUAUGAGCUCUUCUCUGUCAUCAUCCAUAAGGGUGGCUGCUAUGGUGGCCACUACCAUGUUUACAUCAAGGAUGUGGAUAAACUUGGUCGAUGGGAGCCACCGGAGGAAGACUGCAAACCUAAAACUCAAAAGAAAGCUAAAGUGGAGUUUAAGGAAGUGUUGGAGCCAAAACUUCAUGAAGAUGACCCUUUGUCCAUCGUCACCACUAUUAUUGCCCAGGAGUCAUCAAAGAGUGUCCUGCUGGACCAGUUGGGCCAGAAACUCUUGGAUAAGAUUGGUUCAUCAUGGAACAAAAAGUUCAGAAAACAGUAUGGACCCAUUUGCAAGUUCCUGCAGUCGCACAAUGAUGUUUUCAUGAUUGUGUCCAAUGGCACUCGAGUGGCGCUUAAGGCAAACCCACCAAGCCCAGCGACUGAGCUCCCCAGCCCCGCAGAGCUUACCUCAAACUCUGAUCCUUCACCAGCUCCAGUCUCGGGAGCUUCUGAGCCACAGCUUUCACUAAACCAGAAGCCAGAACCGGAACCAGAGCAGGGUAGCCACUGGUUUGACCUCAAUGACUCAACUGUGACCUCCAUCAGGGAGUCGGACAUAGAGAAGCAGUUCCAGGGCAAAGAGAGCGCCUACAUGCUGUUUUACAGAAAAACACAGCUGCACAGGCCCAGUGAAGCUCUAAACAAUCCCCAAUAUAAAGUUCCUUCUCACCUCAUCCAGAUGGCUCAGGAGGAGAAUAUCAGACUACAGCAGAUGCGUGAAGAGUUUGAAGCCACUAAUAACACACUGGAGCUGCGUCUGCAUCUGGCUCCCUCUUAUAGGCUAGAAAAUGGAGCUCUGCAACCAGUCAGGAACAAACCAAGCGGCAGCACUGCUCUGAGUUUUGACCGUAGAAAGACUGUGGGAGACCUGCGAUUAGCUAUCUAUCAGAUGCAGGAAUUCUGGGAGGGAGAUAUGGCUCUGACUGUGGCCAAGAGUCUUCCAGCAGGUUUACACCUCUACAGUACACUCACAGAUGACAGUGUUUCCCUGUACAGUGCAGGCAUCUGCACAAACACAGAGCUGUUUGUGUGGAAUGGCAGAGAGGUGUGUGGUGCAUCUGUCUUGACUGGGGCUGAGUGGGAGCCUGUCCUGCUGACUGUGGUGCGUCCCUUUUUAGGUGAUGAUGUGGAUAAAGAGGUGGAGGAAGAUGUGGAGAGUGAGGAGAACAGAAAAGGUUUUGAAAAUGGUGGUCCAGGGCUCAAGAGGGAGGCAAGAGGGUUUGCUGGUGGUGUGACUCUUGGGGAGGUGAGGGACUCACUCGGGGAACCUAAAGAAAGCCUGCUGUGCCAAGAACAUAAGGGAGGCAAAAAAAGGGAAGAGGAGGCAGGAGAAGGUGGAGGGUCAAGUGGAUGGAGAGUUUUCCCCCCUGACGACAUGCAGCGGACACUGAAGGAGCUGUCGCUGAAAGAUGGAGAUGCACUGUUGGUGCUGGAGCCACAGUCAUUUGACAGCAGCAUCUUCACUCGAAAUGGAGAUGUUGUCACUGUGACUACACCGUCUGACUGCCGCUGGCUCCAGGUGGAGUUCCGGCCUAUUGCGAAAGGAGGUGAAGGGAACAAGGAAGAGGAGAAUUUUAAGAAAAUCAAGGUUCCAGCCACAGGAAAUAUGCUGCUGUCUGAGGUGAAACUGAGGGCCAUAGAGGAGCUGCAGUUAGGGGAUCAAACCCCAGGUGCAGAGUACUGUUUGAGGCAGUCUGACUGCACAGGGAAACUCCUUCCUCCAGUGUGUGAAGAGUCGAGCGUUCGGGAUGCAGGGGUGCGACUCAUGACCACACUGACUCUCUGUCCGGGUACUAGCCCCAAGGCAUCGCAGCUUUUCUUGCACUUUACUGUGGGUGCAGCUCCCUCUGCUGGCAUGGAGAUGGACAUAAUUGUGGAGAAGACUAGCACUGUUAAAGAGUGUCUAAAAACAAUGCUGGACGCAGUUGGACUUGAUGGCACAUGUUGGCACUUGAGGAGGCUUGAUUGGUGUGAAGAGGUCGGAGAGCCACUUAUGGAUGAGGAUGCUUCUCUGUCAGAGCUGAAAAUCAGCAAUGGAGAGACAUUAGUUGUCACAGAAGGAAAUUUGCCUUCGAAGGGUUUCCUAAAGAUAUCUAUAUGGCUGUACUGGCAUCCAAAAAACAUGGAAAGAGAUUUUAAUCACACAGAGAACGGGCCUGCUGACGGGCAGAUGCCUGCAGGAACAACACACAAUCAGUUACCUCCUUUAUGUAAUGGAAACGCUGCAGAGCUCAGACGUGUGGGGCAGAUAGAGAUAUCAGAUGAGGCCACUCUGGAGGACCUCAAAACUCAGGUUUUGACGCUGCCUGCCCUUCAGGAAGUGUGUGUGCCCACCACUGGAUUCAUGCGUGUUUGGCAGCUGGAGGGACGGAAGCUAGCCCGAAUCCUCAGAGGACCGCAAGCCACACUCAGGAAGAUGAAGCUGACCAGUGGUGCAGACCUUUGUGUGCAGACACUACUGAAAGAGGAAGAUCUUGGGCCAAAAGACGUGCUGCUCUAUGUUAAAAUGGGAAUACCAGGAGAGAGGUCUUACUACCCUUCAGAGGAACUGGUUUGGAAUGCGACCCACGAUUCCUCGCCUCGCUCUUUACGCACUUGUCUGGCUGCACGCUAUGGCCUCUCUCCAGACUCUCUGCUGUUGGCCAAACACCAGCCAGACAAACACAUCUGGGAGGAAAUCUCCAACUGGACCCAACAGGUCUCCAAAAAGAAGAAGAAGAAAAAAACAGAAUCACUCCUGGGAACACCGUUCCACCUCAAAGAUGGUGACACAAUUGGCGUCAAGAAUCUUUUGAUUGACAACAACAGGAACUUUAUCACUCUGGAAGACGAGCAGGGCCAGCAGAGGCUCAGAGAGGAGGCUGAGGAACGCAGGAAAGGAGGGCAGGCUGCAGGCGCUGGUGAAUCACUUAAGAAAGCUGGACAGACCAAAUCCAGGAAACCAGAGGUGGCACUCUCAAUCAGUGUUGGGGAAUUCAGAUAGCGUCCUUCUUCCAUUUGUAUAGAUCACAAUGAACUGUGAUACUACAUGCACACACUGUGAGAUGCCACAUUGCAAUUCGGACAUCUGACAUCAGUCUUGUGCAAUUUGUUUUUCGAGUACUGUUUGCAUACUGACUUUCUCCACAAAUCUCUUAAAUCAAACCCUAAACCGCUUCCUACUUCUCAACUUUCUGACGGACAAAGAGAAGGAAUUUAUUUUUGGCACUUUGAUUUGCUGUUUUGUUAUAACUGACUUUGAUUUGCAUCGUUCCUAUGCAACAUUUCUGUUUUGAAUGGAUUAUCCAUAUUUGUCUUGAUUCCUCCCUCUACAGACUUUCAAAAUAUGAUAAAUCAGUCUGCUUUCUGUUUUUUUUUUUUUUUUUUUGUUUGUUUGUUUUUUGGUGUGCGGAUCAAAUUUUAUAUUCUGACACUCUUGGUUUCUCAAAGGCAAAUUGUUGAGUGUUUUGUCCACUCAGGACUGGCAAUUAUGAACUGACACAUGUGCUUACUGGAACUCCUGUUAAUUAUGAGCCAGUACAGCCAGUACAGGUCAAAAUUUAUACCCAAGCCACAUGCCAGUGAUCAAUAUUCUGGUAUUCUUCAAUAAAUUGUUCUGAGUGACCAGCCAGUGCAGUAGGCAAUUGCCUUCAAUAUGUUCUAAUGUUCUUUAAUAGGGAACUUGUUGUAUAGAAAGUGACUACUUUUUAUAACUAACCUGUCACUGUGCAGCACGAGCAAAGAUGUUUCUCUGGAUCAGCCGCUGUAUUGAUUUUAGGUUGAUAAAGGAGAGGAGAGACAGGCCUUAAUGUGGAGAAGCCUUAGUGCUGCUCUGUCCUCCCUACCUCACGCUGCCUCUCUCUCUCUCUCUACCUCUUCUGCCCUGUCAUUUCUUUUUCUGGUUUUCAUAGUUUUAUUUCGUUUUAUUUCCUCCAUUGCUGUAAAGUACCAUUAAGUAUUUAGGCAAUAACGCAUUGGUAAAAGUUUUGACUCUGUGCCCUUAACACUGAGUGUGACAUGAUGCAUCUAAUUAAGUAUAAUGGGAAAAUAAAUAAUAUUUGAAACAUUAUCCAGACUUUUGUAGGUGAAGAUUAAAGUAGGAUGAUCUUCCUUUUACCUUUUUAUUUCACAUUCAGAUUAGCUGUAUAGAGCAGAAACACAUACUGCUGAACUGUUCUUCUUGAGUGUGUAGAAGUAAAGACCCAUGAAGCGUCUUUGUGGAACAUUAAUUGUUUUAGUUGCUUGCAAUAUUUGUGAACUUCAGGGAAUUUAUAAAAUGACUCUUUAGAUAAGUUAUUUGAAAGAAGCGACAAAUAAUUACAUUGUUGAAUGAAAUAUGAUGGGGAUUUAAUUUUCACACAAAAGAUUUUUUUUAAGCUGCUUCGUUCAUUAAUCUGGCCUUGACCGGUGCCAAGAUUUUUCAAGUAGAAAUGUUUUUGUUCUUUUUUUUAAAAGAAAUUAUUUGAAGCAGAUAAUAAAACUGUUCUACAAUAUACUCAGCAAUAGAUGGACUUCUUUUUGUAUAAUGUGGUAUCGUUUACUAGUGUUAAUGAUUACAUCUUUGGUGUCAUUGAUAAGGACUGAUCUACUGUAUUGUAAGAGUGGACAACUGUUUGUACUCAUGUCGGACUGUAUUUGCAGAAAGUAUUUUAUGAACAAUAAAGGUAUACAAUCAUAA